AUGGGUAUCCAUGGAAUCUACAAGGAAAUCGGCCCUGGCACACGCAUAGCGCUCUCCAAGCUCGCCGUCGAAAAGUUUGAAGAGACUGGCCGCCCACUGCGCAUCGCUAUUGAUACGUCGAUAUGGCUUUUUCAGAUCCAAGCUAGCAAAGGCAAGUCUUCUCAGGGCGGCACGAACCCUGCAUUGCGAACAUUUUACUACCGUCUCCUGCGCUUGAUUUCUCUUGCUAUCCAUCCUGUCUUUGUCUUCGAUGGACCCAACAAACCACCAUUCAAGCGCAACAAGCGCACCGGUCCGACGGUCGCCUCCAUCCCCGAGUUCCUUGCAAAACAGCUCUUGAAGCAGUUUGGAUAUCCCAUACAUCUUGCGCCAGGCGAGGCAGAAGCAGAGUGUGCACUGCUGCAAAGGGAAGGAAUUGUCGAUGCGGUUCUGAGUGAAGAUGUGGACACGCUCAUGUUUGGGAGCGGUGUCACUCUCCGAAAUUGGUCUCCAGAGAAAUCAGGAAAGACGCCAACUCAUGUCAAUGUAUACGACGCUGUCGAAACCAAAAACGGGCCAUCGGGACUGGAUCGUGAGGGCAUGAUCUUGGUCGCGCUAAUGAGUGGAGGAGACUAUGUGCCAGAGGGAAUACCUGGAUGCGGCCCCAAGACUGCAUGUGAGGCAGCCAAAGCAGGUUUUGGUGCCGACCUGUGCAAGAUUCCACGAAACGACUCUAGAGCCAUAGCCCAAUGGAAGGAGCGACUGCAACACGAGUUGAAGACAAACGAAAGCAAGUUCUUUAAACGCAAACACGGCGCACUCAAGAUCCCCGACGACUUCCCCCGACUCGAUAUUCUCGGAUAUUACACGCAUCCCGCGAUCUCGAACCAAGCAGGAUUAGACAAGUUGCGUCGGUCCAUCAAUUGGGAUCGGGAUCUCGACUUUCCGGGUCUGCGCGAGUUUACCCAAGAUGCUUUUGACUGGGUCAAACUCGAGGGUGCAAAGCACUUCAUUCGCAGUCUAGCACCAUCUCUUGUUGUGCGCCAACUGCGGAUCCGCGCUGAACAGUCUAAUCGCCUGCCCACUGACAAUCUACGAGCCAUACAAGAAGACGAAUCAACGCUGAUCAAAGGUCUUCACGGAAAAAGACAGCAUGCCAUUACCGACCAUUGUACCGAGCUUCGCGUAAGCUUCACACCUGUCGAGUUGGUAAAGAUUGAUCUUAGCCAAGAGGAUCCGGACGAUGAUGUAGAGGCCCCGCCGCCCAGUUCCCAACAGGAUGUAGGAGAUGAGGAUCUAGAUGAAGACGUGCCUUUGGACAUGGAGGAUGAGGGUCCUAAGAAACGUGGACCGACCAAAUUUGACCCUGAAAAGCCGGCACGUAUAUGGGUCAUGGAAACAUUUGUCAAAGUCGGCGUGCCACUCACAGUUCAAGAUUGGGAGGCUGGACGACAGGCAAAGCAGAAGCCUAGACGAACAGCAUCGGUUCAGGAUACUGGCACUGCCGCACCAAAAGCCAAGACAACCACAAGGCGGACAAGGACGACUAAAGAUCAACCCCAAGUCCGAAUAGAAUCUUUUGCAAAGGUCACAAAACCUGGAGUGAGAGCUUCACGAGCACUUGUAAAAGCCCAAGAGAAGGCUGGAGAUCUUCCAGCGCCAUCAUCACAGACUACUGCACCGGCUGAAUACGAAGCGAUUGACUUGUUAUCCUCAUCGCCAGUGAAGCCACGAAUCCUAACACCACGACCACAACCGGAGCCUGAAAAGUCGCUCUCCCCAGUUCUAGAAGAUUUGCCUCCAAGUGUAACUAAACGGAGAAGGCGAGCUCCAAUUCAGCGUUCAAAAACGCUUCCUGCUGACACCAGCGAAGUCUUGGAUCGGUCUUCCACACCUCCACUUUUGAGGACAAUAGAAACCUUGGAUUUAGCCGAGUCUCCAGUGCACCCUUCACCUUUGCAGCUACCAGCAAAGAAGGUCAGGACAAGAACAUUGGAAGAGACGGCUGCAACCAGAGCGUCUCGGGACUCGUCUGUACCAAAACAGACUACCUUAGAUGCAUGGCGAGCAUCGGCAACACCAACCAAACAGCGAGGUACAACUCCUUUGUUUGGUGCAGCACCAGUCCCUGCGCCACCACAAUUCCGUAAGCCAUCGGAAGAUGUGGAAUCACUGGACUUGACGCUCUCCCCACCAAAGCGCCCAGAAGCCACACGACGUUCUCAAAAAGAGGUUACUAGUGAGCAGAGUCCUGUAGUAUCAUCGACAACACGGCCGCCAUUGACGUCAAUAUCAUCAAACACGUCUGCGAGCUCGACCUCAUCAGUCUCCACUGUAGGGAAGAAGAAAAGCAUUAAAGAUGUUUUCCGCUCCAACCCGCCUCGCCGUACUUCGCCACGUCUCAGCAAAACGACAUCAGCGCCCUCCAGUGUUGAUACUAUAGACCUCACGUCCCCUCGUCCUGCUGCAGCAAAAUCACGGUCGACAUCGCCACAAGCGGAUAUGCUUGAUCUGACAGAACACUCGUCACCCGUAGGGGGGUGUGAUCCGGCGCCACAACCAACGGCUGCAACACGGACAUCACCUCCAACGCGUUCAUCACGGUCACCAAGCGAAGAAAAUUCGGUAUCAUCGCCCGCAGCAUGGAAAGCCCAGAGCAAGAAGAAACGAGCUAUCAUUCUUAGAAAGAGUGUCGUAGGUGCCUGGGACUACGUCGAUGUUGACAGCCCAGAGAAGCUGGCAGAGCAGACACCGGGGCCCUUGCUCAAAGGCAAAGACAGACGCAAGUGGAGAGAAAGCGCGGUAGAAGUCUUGGACUUGACGUAG